AUAGCAUAGAGCCUGCAAACACAGAGCAAGCAUGUACAUUUGCCGAUGUACCUGAUGUCGCUCUUUUACACCUAUUCCAACUCUUUGAUAUGGAGGACUUAGUUAACCUACUCAGAGUUUGCAAAAGAUGGAAUGAACUUAUCGAGCCAAAUGAUAACCUCUGGCGCAAGUUUAUUCCUAACAUCGCAGGCUUUGAUCCACCUGAUGCAGAAUCUGCUAAGGGAGUUGUUGAAUCUAUUUGGAGAAAAAGUAUAAAAAUUGGUGAAGAGAGAUGGUUUCCUGACGUAUCGCCAGCUUUUAUAGCCCGAGUGGCAGAAAUGAAGAAGUGUAGUCAAUGGGGGUUUUCUGGCAGAGACCCUAUGAGAGCAGGGGCUACACUCUACCUUAGACUUAACCCCAUAUAUGACUUUGUAAAGAAAGGGGCAAGACCAAGUAACAAAAAACUACGAGGGGUGAUGAAAGAAAUCUAUGAAACAUUUAAUAGGGGAAAGCCAUACUUUGACCCAGAAAAAGAUUCAUACGAAGAUGAUGCUGAUGAAUGCGAUCCUGAUUGUGCUGAUAUCAAAGAUGAAAAGGAUGUCAUGGAAAAGUCACAGUUGAACGAUUACUGUGACACAUUAACCGUAUGUUUUACAUGGUUUUGUAAAUACUCGCUGGUAUUAUUUUGGUAAUAAAUUCACACAUAGCUAGGCAAAGUGGAUUCAAGCCAAUCCGAACAAAGUAUUUCAUAUAACUGCA